CCAACACUUUCCCAAGAUUGUUACGUUCCGAUGACAAUCAGUUUUUUUCAUUUUAUUUUUAUAUUUUUAUGACAAUAUCCACAUACAAGAAUGUUCACUUAGAAACCAGAAGUAUUUAAACAUCCCAAUAAGGACAAAAUGUCAAAUGACACGUGUGAAGACAAGCUGGUAGCAGAAAUCGCAGAAUUGCGAGCAUUAUUGCACGCGAAAGAGGUUAAACUGGCACGCUUGCGACGCGAGAAACAAGUCAUACAGGAGUAUGGCUUGAGUAAUGAUGAAAUUUGCAGAUACAGUCGACAAUUAUUUUUGACAGAAAUUGGUGUACAUGGUCAGAAAAAGAUAAAAAACAGUUCUGUACUCAUUGUGGGAGCUGGUGGGCUCGGUUGUCCAGCAGCAUUGUAUUUAGCAUGUGCAGGCAUUGGCCACAUUGGCAUAGUUGACUAUGAUAUAGUUGAGAUAAAUAAUCUUCAUAGACAAUUAUUGUAUACAGAAGGAAACAUUGGGACUGCCAAAGUAACUGCAGCAGCAGAAAACAUUAAUCGAUUAAAUAAUUAUGUAAAAGUCACUCCACAUAAAAUUCAACUGACUAGUAAAAAUGCUUUAAAUGUCAUAAAGAAUUAUGAUAUUGUAAUAGAUGGUUCAGAUAAUGUAGCAACUCGCUAUUUAUUGAAUGAUGCAUGCGUGUUGAGUAGGAAACCAUUAGUUUCUGGCGCAGCAUUAAGAUUUGAAGGUCACUUGUCAGUAUAUAAUUAUAACAAUGGCCCUUGCUAUAGAUGUGUAUUUCCUGAACCACCAUCACCGGAAACUGUAACAAACUGUGGAGAUGGAGGUGUCCUUGGUGCAGCUGUGGGAGUAAUUGGUGUAUUGCAAGCUUUAGAAACAUUAAAAAUAAUACUCAAUAUGCCUGAUAUAAUUUCUGGACGACUUUUGUUAUUUGAUGGUAUGGAAACAAAAUUCCAUAAUGUACGUUUGCGUUCAAAGAAUGCGGAUUGCGUAAUUUGCGGACAACAUCCUACUAUACAUGAAUUAAUAGACUACGAAGAAUUUUGCAGUGCAAAAGCAAAUGACAAAGAGCCUAAUUUAAAUUUAUUGAAAAGAGAAGAAAGAAUAUCGGUUGAAGAAUAUAACGAGAUCAUAAAAGUCGAUUCAAAAUCUCGUAUACUGAUCGAUGUACGUUCACCUGAAGAAUAUGAAAUUUGUCAUAUACAAAAUUCCAUUAACAUUCCUUUUACGCAACUUAGCAAGGAUCAAAACUUAAAUCUAAUAAGAAAUAACAUAGAAAAAAUUCAAGAAAAACAUCAAAAAGAUCAAGAACACUCAAUAAAUAUGUAUAUUUUGUGUAGACGCGGUAAUGAUUCACAAAAGGCUGUGCAAUACCUGAGAAAGUUAUUUACUGAUGAUACUUUACGAAUAAGAGACAUAAUUGGAGGUAUUCAUGCUUGGAGCAACAAAGUUAACCCAAAGUUUCCUAAGUAUUAAGUUUGUAAAAAAAAAGGAUGAAAUAGAUAAUAUUUUUUAUUAUACAUGUUAUACAUAUGGAAAUGUACAUUUUAUUUACAUAUUCGAAUAUGUUUCUAUUUCUCCAGUGGUUAAACUAGUUUCUGGAUGUUUAUAGUGAGAAUCUGCAGAUCGCAAUAGAGGUGGUAGAUAUAUUCCAUGAAAGGUCCAAUACGGAUAAUCGUCAUUGAGAUAUGGACCCGUUGGAGCGCCUUUAAUUGCAAGUCGAUAAGUCAACGAUAUAUAAAUAAUAAAUAUAAUACAUAAUAACAAUUAAUUUUUACCGUGCCAUCCCAUUGAAUAUGGGAAAGAGCAUUGGAAGAGAUUAUCAUAUUUAGUACAUAAUCUUUUCAUGAUGACAGAUAGAGAUUCUUGUUGACUGUCUGAUAAAUCUUGCAUUCUAGUAACUUGCUUUUUUGGUAGUACCAUAGUUUCAUAUGGCCAAACUG